UUAGAUAAAAAAUCGCGCAGGGGAAAAGGGUGUGGCCGAGCCCCCUUUUAGCUCUAACACUCUCCCGAUCUCGAUCCCUUUGGUUUUCUAGGGUUUCGUUCGACCGCCUCCUCUUCAAUUCCGUCCACCAAAUCUUUUCGCGAGGGUUUCGAUCGGAAGGCAGAGGACAUCGGCUUGAGCGGCGGGUCGAUCUUCUUUUGAGCAAGGAAACUGCUCUUGCUUUCAUUAACAUGACCAGUUUACAUUGUUAAACAUACUAUAGAGCAAGUCAAGUCAACAUUUUCAGUGUAUAAUUGGUGAACAAAAUCCAUAUGGCUGGCAUAUUACCUGGAGACUCCUCACAACAUGGAAUGGUGGAAAGUAGUCCCUAUAGGUUAUCUCAUGACAGGCGUGAGGAACUUAAUCAUACUGGUUCCACUUGGUAUUUUAGUCGGAAGGAAAUUGAAGAAAACUCACCAUCUAGGAGAGAUGGCAUUGAUCUGAAGAAAGAGACAUAUCUUCGCAAGUCGUACUGCACAUUUCUGCAGGAUUUGGGCAUGAGACUCAAAGUACCUCAAGUGACAAUAGCCACUGCAAUUGUAUUUUGUCAUCGUUUUUUCCUUCGCCAGUCUCAUGCAAAAAAUGAUAGGAGGACCAUUGCUACUGUUUGCAUGUUCUUGGCUGGAAAGGUCGAAGAAACCCCUCGGCCUUUAAAGGAUGUUAUUCUUGUUUCUUAUGAAAUUAUCCAUAAGAAGGAUCCUGCUGCUGUCCAAAGAAUCAAACAGAGGGAAGUAUAUGAGCAACAGAAAGAACUUAUUUUAAUUGGAGAACGGCUGGUACUUGCAACUCUUGGUUUUGAUCUGAAUGUGCAUCAUCCAUAUAAACCCCUCGUUGAAGCAAUAAAGAAGUUUAAGGUUGCUCAAAAUGCCCUUGCACAAGUUGCUUGGAAUUUUGUCAAUGAUGGGCUACGUACUUCGCUCUGCCUGCAAUUCAAGCCCCACCAUAUUGCGGCUGGUGCCAUCUUCCUGGCUGCCAAGUUUCUGAAAGUGAAGCUUCCGUCUGAUGGUGAGAAGGUUUGGUGGCAGGAAUUUGAUGUUACCCCACGGCAGUUGGAAGAGGUUAGCAAUCAAAUGCUGGAACUGUAUGAACAAAACCGUGUGACGCAGGCACCAUCCCAUGGGAGUGAAGCUGAAGGGAGCUCUGUCAGUGGGGCCAAUUUCCAGACUUCAGCAAAAGCUCCAGCUUCUACGGAGGAGUCCCCUUCACAAAAUGGUUUCUGUCAGCCAACAAAAACUGCUGGCAUGCAGAGUGCUGCCCUGACAAGCUCAUUGGCUCGCCCUGUGCCUGAUCAGUUGCACCCUGAUAGGCAAAAUGGGCCCCAAAGGGUUUCGCAAAAUGAUAGCAAAGACCAUCGGAACAACAAGCAAAGAAGUGGCCUUCAUGACCAUAAAAUGGAACCUGGACCGAUGGAUCAUCGGUAUCAUGAUUCAGCGAAUAUGGCAGAAGCUGGAAACAGCAGGGCCAAUUAUGGGUCUGAACGUCCAGUAGAAGAGUCCAUGAUGUCUGUCACCAGUGGAACCACUGAGACAAAAGAUGGGAAAUUUACUGGCAGUGAAGGUCCCAAAGGUUACUCUCAAAUGGAUGCUAUAAACAAGAUAGACAAAGACAAGGUGAAAGCUGCUUUGGAGAAACGGAGAAAGUCCCGAGGUGAUGUUGCUAGGAAAAUGGAUCUGAUGGAUGAAGACGACCUCAUCGAGAGGGAGCUGGAACAUGGUGUUGAAUUGGCAGUUGAAGAUGAGAGGAUGAAGCAGGAGAGAAGGCAUGGCUGGUUAAAACCUUCCUACAGACAGGAGCCGCUGAAUCUCGAUCAUAUAACUGAGAAUGGAUUCCAUGGAGCUGAUAAGACGAAGAAGAAUGCAGAAGAAGGGGAGCUGUCACUGGAUAGCCAGGAGCUCCAUUCUCCAGAACCAAGGAACCCGAAGAGGAAAGCAGCGAGCCCAGGUAAACAGUUUGGGGGAAAGGAUGGGUUUGAUGUCUCACAUUAUCAUGCAUCCUCUGCAAAGCACCGAGUUACCAUUGACGAUUCAUAUGUGAUGGGUAGAUUUGAACGUGCUGAGAGAGAUCAUAAAAGGCUGAGGCAGGAAAAUCAGGUCUGAUGUUCGUAUGAUGGUGGAAGGGAUUGAAGUCGCAAGGUUUUCACUGCAUAAGAGAAAAUGCUGCUGGGCUGUUACAAUUUUUGCCCGUAUGCUGAUUUGUAUCAGGAUGCUGGAAUAUAAUUUCAUAGUCCAUGAAUAUUGCUUGUGCAGUUCGGACCAGCCGGAGAAACUACAAAAUUUGUACAGAAGUCUUGGAAACUCUCCUGUGCAAAUUUUGAUAAAUUUUAUUAAUGGUCACAGAGAUGUGCCUUUCUCUGUUGCUCUGUCAAUGGGAACCAAGAAGGGCAAAAGUUGUGAUAAGUAAAUAUCCAAUUUGGCAAAUCUUUAGUGAUGUUUUUCUAAUAUAUUUAUGAAAAAUGAAAUGCUACAAGGUCCAAAUUUCGUUUCAUGUUA